AUGAAUAGGUUUAUAAUUACCUUGUUAAUUUUCUUUUCUUCAAUAAGACGCAUUGCUACCAUAACUGGUUUGCCUGUCUGUUGCAUUCUCCCCAUCUUUAACUCUAGGGUCGGACAUCACAGCACCAGCGAUGACAGUUCUGCGUAUAGGUCGAUUGAUGAAGUACAAUUUUGGGAGAAAGAAGAUAAUCCGAUUCUCCGACUAAAAAAAUAUCUGAUUGCGAAGGGCUGGUGGUCGGAUGAAGAGGAGCAGAGCUGGUUGGCAAACAUUCGGAAAGAGGUAAUUAUUAGAUUUUAUUAA